GCAAAUAGUGUCGACACCAAGCAUUAUUAACACGAUAUCAGUUGGCUGCAUUUAAAGCUGCUAAUAUUUUGAACGGAUCCUGUUUGUGCCAUUGCGGUAUUUUCUUCAGUGUCAUGAAGAAUGAAGUUUAUUGUGUUAGUACUCUUGUGCAUUGUAUCAAUUUCUCUUGUUCAUGGUGGACAACUUCUGCACUCAGUCUCUGGUGAAGUCAGCCGUGGACAGUUCACAUAUUACAUAUUAAUGUUCGAAGGCCCUAUUACUUUGAAUUUAUACUCUCGCUCAGGUGAUGCGGACUUGUACAUUUCACAAUAUAUAGCAAAACCUACUUAUGAGCUGGACUCGCAUUGCUUACAAGCUGUCACGUGUGGAGUAGACACUGUACACAUACCAGCAUCGUACAAACGGCCUAUUGGUAUAGGUGUAUAUGGACAUACAUCUCAUGAUGUAAGUUCAUAUCUUUUAGAGGCAUCAUACAGUAAUGAAGACGAUAUUGAGGGAGACUUUUUUACCAGAGACAAUACAUCUUGCUCGAGGUGCUUGUUCUCUGACACCAUGCUGCCUUAUGAAAACCAAAUAUUUCUUGAUGUGUUACAUGAAGAUGGACUUGUUGUUGCAGCUAGGGGUUUGGGAUUGCAUUCAGUCCUUAUAAGUCUGCUGAAGGUUUGGUGUGACCCAGGGAAUUUGGUUUUGGUUCUUGGUACUCAAGCUCAAGAAGAGGAAUAUUUCAUCAAGCAGCUUGAGACGCAAGGUAUUAGUCCACUUCCUCGAAUAAUCAACAAUGAAACAAAUGCAAAUGAAAGAGAGACCAUAUAUCUUCAGGGAGGUGUUUUAUUUAUGUCUGCCAGAAUUUUGGUGGUUGACUUGUUAAAAAAUAGAGUGCCAGUUGAAAAUGUGACAGGGGUUUUGGUCUGUCGUGCUCAUGCCAUUCUAGAGUCCUGUCAAGAAGCAUUUGCUGUUCGAUUAUACAGGCAAAAGAAUAAGAAAGGAUUUGUGAAAGCCUUUUCAAGCUCAGCUCAAUCCUUCACUGUAGGCUUUGCUCAAGUUGAGCGCAUCAUGAAAACAUUGUUUGUUAAAAAUUUGUACUUAUGGCCUCGAUUUCAUGCAGUGGUGGCAGCAAGCUUAAAAAAGGUUUCAGUUGUAGAACUCCAUGUUGGCAUGACAAGCCCCAUGCAGCGCCUUCAAAAUUGUGUCUUGGAUCUUAUGAGCUUCUGCGUCAAGGAAAUGAAGAGAGUUAAUCCAACUCUGGAUACAGAUGAUCUAACUGUUGAAAAUGCUAUAUCCAAGUCUUUUCAUAAGCUGCUUCAGUAUCAGUUAGAUCCCAUAUGGAACCAGUUAAGUGCCAAAACUCGGCAACUUGUAGCCGAUAUCAAAACAUUGAGAUCUGUGCUGAGGUGUCUGACCCAAUACGAUAGUGUCACUUUUAAUACUUUAGUCACCUCUCUAAGGAGUACUGAGUAUGCUCGGAGAAGCUCUGGUUGGCUUCUGCUUGAUCCAGCAGAGGAUCUAUUUCUUCUUGCCAGACAGAGAGUUGUGGGCACUAAACCAGCAGCAAAUGAAUCAGACAUUGAUCCUGAGCACUCUCCUAAAUGGGUUGCUUUGUCUGAGAUACUGGGAGAAGUUCAGACAAAGCUUAAAGAGUUAAAUCCUUCUGAUGCUCCACAUGGUGUGAACCACAUUCUUGUUUUAGUGGAGGAUACACGCACUGGAAAUCAAAUAAAAGAGUAUCUAACCAAAGGGUCCAAGCUAAUGCUGCAAUCAUUGUACAGAAGAGCCACACGCCAUCGCACACCCGCAGUUACAGCUCAGUUUGGUUUAGCUGGAGACACUGGAAACAAAAAAAGAAAAAGUAUGGAUCCAGAUGAUCCAGAUGCUGAAUUGAAUGAAGAAGUUAUGGAAGAAUUCAACCAUGAUGCCUUUGGAUUCCCAGAGGACCAUGAAGAUGAAGAUAUUCGGGACAGUUAUUGCCUUACUAUGACUCAACAGAAUCCAUCCAAUGAGGAUAGUGGGAAAGAGAGUUUAGAAAACAUGUCCUAUUUUGAAGAACAAUCUGAUGUGGAUAAUUUACCUCCGAGUCAGUCAGAAUGCAUGUUACCAAUAAUUACCAUUCAAUCAUUUAAAAAAGACGGAGAUCCCUUAGCUUUAACACGAACUUUAGAACAGAUCCAACCUCAUACUGUUGUUAUGUAUGAUGCAGAUUUAGCUGCAGUGAGACAACUGGAGGUCUUUCAAAGUUCUACACCUGGAGUUGAUUUAACAGUUUAUUUCCUCAUGUAUGGAGGCUCUGUAGAGGAGCAGGCUUAUCUAACAACAUUGAGACAGGAGAAGGAAGCAUUUGAGUAUUUAAUCAAGGAGAAGGCGACUAUGGUGGUACAAGCUGAUCAGGAUGGCAAGUCGGGAGACUGUGCUGAAUUGCGACGUGAUGUUGGUCAAUCUGCAUCUGCGGCAGCUGGACUACCAAACGUUAACACUCGUAAAGGUGGCAUUCCUAAGGCUCCCUCGAGCACUCCAACAAUUAUUGUGGAUAUGAGAGAAUUCAGAAGUGAGCUGCCAGCUUUGAUACAUCGUCGAGGCAUUGAAAUUGAACCUGUCACCAUAAAUGUUGGAGACUACAUCCUUACACCUGAAAUUUGUGUUGAACGCAAAAGUGUCAGUGAUUUGAUUGGAUCUCUUAACAAUGGCCGUCUUUUCACCCAAGCUACAGCCAUGACACGACAUUAUUCGAAGCCCAUGCUUCUAAUUGAAUUUGAUCAUAAGAAACCAUUUGCUCUUCAAGGCCGUUACUAUUUAAGUAAUGAUGUAUCUGCCAGUGACAUUUCAUCCAAAUUGAUUCUGCUGACAAUGCAUUUUCCCCGGUUGCGUCUAGUGUGGUCGCCAAGCCCAUAUGCAACAGCACAGCUUUUUGAAGAGCUGAAGGAGGGCCGAGAGCAGCCUAAUGCAACCCAGGCUGCCAUGAUUGGUGCAGAAGUUGCAAGUGGAGAUGACGAGUUUGCUGAAAAAUACAACAUUGCCAUUCAGGAUUUUAUGUUGAAGCUGCCUGGUGUGAAUACAAAAAAUAUUCAUUAUGUGUUGAGAAAAGGACAAUCUCUUUCACAUCUCCUAACUCUUUCUAAAGAGCAGCUUGCUGAACUAACUCUGAACAGUCAGGAUGCAGAUCUUCUUUAUUCUGCUCUACAUGAUGUGCACAAGCCAACUGAAGAUGGAAGUAAUGCCAACAAAAAUUCUGUUCGUGGAAAAACUGGACGAUGGAGGGGUCGAAGUUUCUUAAACCGUAAAAAGAAGUGAAUUGAUUUAAUUCUACUGUUUAUAGUUGGCACAACCUAUAGUUGGUCCAAUGUGAGACCAUGUCUGAUGUAUGGGAACAAAACUAGUUGCAAAUGGAGAAGGUUUUUGUUUUGAUUUAUCUGUGCUCUUCCCUUGAUUUGUGCCAAAAACUCAGUAUUUUUGUCGUCUUGCAUAUGACAAUGUUCAUUAAAGCUAUUUUUUGUCUUAUGUUA